CCACCCCCAUUCGAACCAGCAGCCACUCUAUCCUUAUCCACACAACACUCUUCCUCUCUCGCGCUAUCGCUUCGCAGCCGUCGCCACUAUCGUGGUCGUCGUCUGCCGGCGUCACUGGCCCAGUCUUCCUUGUCGCCCACGCCGUCCCUUGCUGGCUCGAACGUCCUCGCCCUCGCUGUCCGCCAUCACCACCAAUGUCCUCAUCGUUACCGUCGCCCGCGCCUUCCGCCGCCUCCAACAUCGUCGCCGUCCCCGUCCCCGUCGACCUCGCCGUUCACUGCCGCCACUGUCCUCGCUCUCCAUGUCGUCUCCAUACACCCCGGGGGUCAUUCUUCUCGCUCUUCCUCCUCCGAGACCUUGGUAAAGCAAGAGACCUCGGUAAAGCAGGAAGAGAGCGUGAAGAACGAUCAUCACGGGCAAUCAAAAUAACAAUGGAGAAGCCGAGACGACAUGUUAGGAAUCCUAUGGUCAUAGACUCCGUCGCGAGGGUGAGUGAGUACAUGGAGAUAGUGCUCUCCUAUGCCGAGAGCGCUCGAGCUUACACCGAGAGCACUGCAGCACCUUCAAAGGAGCUGUCUAGAGUGUGUGAGUAGCCAUCAAAGCUGCACGGACCGCCUAUGCCGAGAUCUUGAAAAAAAAUUGGAGGCGAGGAGAGCUCAUUACCGAGGCGAACAUUUGCUUUUGAACUACUAGUGCACUGCCUUUAUGUGAUCUGUAUGAUCGAUGCUUAUGAACAUAAUUCAGUGUUGCUAUG